UGUAGAUAAAGUACAAUAAUAUCCCAUUUUCAUUCACUUAAAGGUCACAGGACAGACACUACAAAAAGCCAAAAAUGGUCUGGAUAUUUAUUUUUGUAAUUUUGUCCUCGAUACAGUCAAUUAUCUGCACGGAUAUUCAGUUACAACAGCUUGAGAAAAUGGUUAACAAUUUGUACGACACCAUGUCGAUAGUUCUUAAAGAAAAUGUAAAAUACAGGAAACUUGUGAAAGAUCUAGAAGAAAAGGUGCUCGCGCAAGAAGGAAGCAUUAGACAACUACAAGAGAAAUGCCAAUUAGUAAAUGACUCACUACUAAGAGAAACAGAGGACCCCAGCUUUGAAAAGAAUCAAGCUAUUGUCGAGGAAAACGAUAUCAAUGUCACGUCAAUUAUGAAUGAAAAUUUACCUAAAGUAAACAUAAGACUUGGUCUUGAUGCUGGGCAUGGAAGCCUUUCGAAUGUUGCAUUUUUUUCGUACAUGGAUCAUGAUCUGCCGACUCCAAGCCCUGAUCAUACUCUGGUAUUUGAUGUGUCACCAACGGACACAAACAACCACUACAACAAAUUCACUGGUAUCUUCACCGCUCCACAUUCGGGUACAUAUGUCUUCACAUGGACAUCCUAUUGUGUUUCGGGAGGAUUCACAUACCUUCAGGCUGUUGUGAAUGAUAUUGUUCUCGACAGCUCAUACUGCAAUGCGGCUGGUGCCCAAUAUCAUAGAUCUAUCACGGGAACUGUGGUUGCCAACAUUAAUCAAAGCGAUGCAGUAUUCAUUCGAACACAUCCUACUGGUAUAAAUCAGGGGGAAGUCGUUAGUAGUGAUAAUCACCGAACAACGUUUGCGGGAUGGUUACUGUUUUAGAUUGACAUUGCAUACAGUUUUAAGUAAUAAACCGUUUAAGCAAAGAACUUGAUAUCUUUGAUAAUCUUGUAUUGACAAGUGUGUGAAAAGUGGAUAUAAAAUAAAAAAACCGAUCACCACUUAUCAUUUAACAGUUUUUGUCUGUGAAUGAAAGUGUGCAAAAAUUGACUGCAAAAGUAUCUUUUUAUAUUUUUAGCUGUGUAUUUCACAACUGUACAUGAAACACAACCAAAAUAUUUAAAUUAAAACAUGGUAAGCAUA